AUGUAUAGGGUAGAUUUGACAGAACGAUAUCUAUUUAUCUGCAUUAUAUUCUUCGUUUAUAUAUAUCAAUAUACUCAAAGUCAAUCACCAGGCAAUAAUAAUCCUGAUCGUAGUAAGAAACAUUUAGAAGAACUCGAAGAAACUAAUGAAGAUUUACGUGAAAAAGAAUUAGAAAAAAUUUAUUCAGCAUCAAAAGCACAUCAAUUUUUAAGUCAUGAUAAAUGUAUGCAACGUAUGAAAUGUCCAGCUAAUCGUAAAGAAGAAUGUAGUGAAGAAUGUAAAGCUGGUAAUACAGAAGAAGAAAUUGAAGAACAUAAUGAAUUAACUAGAAGUGAACAUCGAAGUUCAUUCAGUAGAACACCAAAACAAAAAUAUGAUUCACAUAAAGAUCUUAAAAAACGUUCAAGUAAAAACAAACAUUCAUCAUCUCAUAGUCAAUCAACGAUUAAAACUGAUUUAUUUCUUACUGAUCAUUCAUAUUCAAUGAUUGAUUAUGAUACAUUAUCUUUAAAACAACGUACAAUGAAAACUAAAAAAUAUAGUCGAAUAUCAAAUCGUUCUAAUAAAACAAUAUCUAUUGAUCGUAGUUCAAGUGAUAAAGAAAAUAAUGUAUCAACAUCAACGAAUAAUAUAUCAAUACCAAUAAUAAAAACUAAAACAAAAUCAUCAACAAAAAAAAAACCAUCUCGUAUUCAAUCAAAGAAAAAACAAAAUAAUAAAAAUUCAACAAAAAAUAAUAUUAAAUCAACACAAGGUCAUAUGAUUAAAAAGAAAAAUUCCAUAAUAUCUAAUUCAAUAGAUACAACACCAUCAUUAUCUAUUGAAGAACGUGUUAAAUUACGUCGUACAAAACCAUUUCAAACACCAAUUAUACCUUUAUUAAAUAAAAAAAUACAAUCGAAAUUAAUAAAACCAAAUAAAACUAUAAUAAAAUCAAAAAAAUUUUUUCUUGGAUCAGGUCUUGAUCUUGAUAAUAUUGUUCUUGGUAAUCGUCAACGACGUUCUAUAAAAACAUAA